AUGUAUAAUUCUGCUCCCCAGUAUAGACGCAUCGGUCCUCACAGCACAAUAUCCUGCUGCAGGACAUCCUAUGAAGAGGCUCUGGCAAUCCAUCGCUACAUCUACAUCAGAUAUAAAAAUCACUCAUGGAAUAGUUUUUCAUAUGAGUUUAACACCCAUAAACGUAAAGGCGACACGUCUUUUAUCCUAAAAGAAACCCUCGACCGUUCCCAGAUUCAGUUGGACUGCACCUCUGAGGGCAGCACUCAUUACUGUCCCAACUACGGAAAAAUUGAACAAGAUGAAAAACAGAGACAGCAAGAAGAGGAGAGAAGGCGUCUGGAACGUUUGGAACGUGAGCAAAGGAUUCAACAGGAGCUGGACAGAGAGAGUGAACUGUCCAGACGCAAGCUUUCUCGAGCAACUGAGCGGCUUCGUGAAAAACAGAGCUUCAGAGGUCAUGAGAAACAUCAUGAACGUACACAAGUUCUCCAACAGCAAAUAGAAGAUGAUGCUGCUGCUAUUGAAUGGAAUGAGGUUAUUAUUGUUGAAGAAAAAUUCAAAGACCUUUUAUUGAAGUACCAGAUCGCAGAAGAUAAAGAAAUACAGCACUACCAGAUCUGGAGCAGGAUUAAGAUACUCCUGAAUGAACUUGCAGUUCAAUAUUGUAGAGAAAACAACCUUUCACUAUGGUCUCAGUUUACCUUUGAUCAAGCUGUAAGAUAUAACGAACUGUCUCUUACAGAGAAGCUCACAGUUCUUGAGGCAUCUCUACAGUUCAUUAUGCACAGUAGCACUGAAGAUGCUAAAGAUGAUGAAGAUCAGCCGCUUGGUUGGGAGAAGAAGUACGACUUUUUCUUGGGUUUGGUUGAGCAGCUUCAUGCCACAAGUCCAACUUUGGCGGAACACAUUUUAUUAAAUGUGCUUGACACAAUCUCAGAGCUUUCACCACAAAGUAGGGACAUUUUGGGUCAGAUGUUGUUCAACAGAAUCUGGACACCUACAGAAAUAAUGCUCUUACUUUGCAGAAGUCCAGCUAUCAAUUGCCAUCAACUCGAUUCAGUUCUCCACACAGCACAAACCUACCACCUGGACUGCAUCCUCGUUAUCUCUGCUCUUAUGAAUGAAAACCCUUUAAACUUUCUUCUAGAACAAAUAAAAAACGACAAGGAAAAAGAUGCUGAUACAAUUGUGAAGGAACUUCAUGAAGCAAACUGCCCAGAGAAAGUCUUGGUGCUGCUGAAGGAUGUUCUUAGAUACAUGGAGUCGGAACUCCCAAAACUAGGAACCAAGGAACAAAUUACUGAAUUGAAAGGAAAGAUAAGAUCUCUUAAUUUUACAAACCUAGAUAUCAACCUUUUGAAAGACGUAUUAAUUGGGAUGUCAAUAGCAGUGCAAGAGUGCUCAACAAUCAUCACAAAAGACGAUAUGAAAAUUGAAGGCUAUUUUCCGAGACUUACACAGCUAGCAUCAUUGCUUUUGCUUCUUCUGACAGAAAAUAAAGGAUGUCUCCUAGAGAUUGGCACAGGUGAGGGCAAGUCCUGUAUCUUAGCCAUGUUUGCAACAAUUCUGGCUAUUCGUGGAACAAAAGUGGACAUUGUGACAAGCUCUCCAGUUCUCGCCCUACGAGACCAAGAAGAGUGGAAGAAGUUUUUUGAAAUGUUUGGUGUCACCUCAUCUGUAGUACCCCCACGUAACUCAAGUGCCUAUUCACCAGAGGAACAAGAGGAACGUCUUAAAGAUGCUUACAGGCAGCAAAUAGUAUACGGCACAGUGGGAGCCUUUGCAGCAGACACACUUAAACAGGAAUUUGAGAGGAGGGCUACUCGCGGUAAAAGGCAGUUUGAGCUUGUAAUAGUGGAUGAAGUGGACUAUAUGACCUUGGACAAUGGAGUUCAAGUAACAUUCUUGUCUCAUGAAUCUAGUGGAUUUAGGCAUGUGGAGCAAGUUCUUUCCAACAUAUGGACCAUGAUAUCUAGUUGCCAACCAAUUGAAAUGCUUGAAACAGGAGAGGUAAAAUGGGCCACAAGGAUACAACACUUUCAUAAAGCCACAACGGCAGCCAUUAUGGGACUAGAAACAUCUGAGAACUUUUCUGCAAAUGAGAUCUUGUUGCCCGGAGUCACUUUGGGAUUCUACACCCACGAAGAUAUUGAAAUGAUACAUCAAGCUGAGAGUAAGAAAGAAAAUGAAGGUGAUGGGAAUGAGGACAGAAUGUCCACAGCACUGUCUGAAGUCAUGAAAAAACUUGGAGUUUUACAACAGUACGAUCUCUUGGGUAUAUUUGAGGAGGUCUUGGAAAACACUGUGGUUUUUAAGUGCUAUUCUUUAGAGAACAAGAAAGCCAAAUGUUUUGAAGCUCAGGAAAAACAAGGUGACCUUAAAGUUGAAAUGCUACUGCUGGAAGGAGGACUGGCAUGUGAAAUUAUGUCUGAGAAACUGCUCAUUGAUGCAACUGUAAGCACAAUAAAGUCAUCUAUCAAGUUCUCAGAUAACCUCCAGACAGCCAAACAAUCCAACAACUUCAUUAUCAUCCCUGUUUUCUUGAAAAGCUACGUUGAGAAUCAGUUACCGGUGUUUGUCAAGAAUGCACUAAAGGCUGUUGAGAUGACGCGUGGCAGAGAAUACAUGAUCGACACCUCGCCGGCUGCUGAAAGAGACAUCGCCAACAGUCAAGACAGAGACAAGUAUAAUGCAGUAAUUCCAGUUGACUUCAAAGCGAGCGGUGUGCUGGAGAAAAACAAGAAGUGGGGUAAUGGUCUGCAACAAUUUUUAGAGUUCAAGCACCAACUUGCAAUUUCACCGUUAUCCAAUGUGACAAAUUACUUGUCAAAUUUCCAUUAUUUUAAAAGGUACCUCAGCGGGAGAGGUAUAUUUGGUGUUUCUGGUACAUUAGGAGGUAAAGCAGAUCAGGACUUUCUGGCAAAACACUAUAAAGCAACAAGCUACAUUGUACCUGCACAUCGUCAUAAAAGGGUGGUGGAGCUUCCAGUCAUCCAGGUGAAAGGUGGAAAUCACCAAUGGAUCCAGACUAUUUGUGAAACUUCAUGGAAAGUAGCAGAGAGAGGACAAGUUGUCUUGGUAAUUUGCGAAGAUGUUAAAACAGCAGAUGAACUCAGAUAUAAAACACAACAUAAAAGCAGAUUUAAGGACGAGGGACAGACAUAA